AUGGCUCGAACCAAACAGUCUGCACGAAAAAAUGCCUCUCUCUGUACACCACCCUCUUCAUCGUCCUCAUACCAAUCCAGAGAGCGUUCUCCCUCUCCACCACCUCGCCCUUCACCACCACACACAUCUUCUGCCUCUCCAUCUUCUCACAAUAGUCAAGAAGUUCUAAACCUCAUUCCUCUGUCUAUCUUUCUUCCACCACUAUACACUCGUCCUACACCAAACUACGCUCAAGUGCCUCCCCAUCUUCGCACUAGAAUCACUCCUCCACGCCGCUCCAUGCGCGUUCAAUGUGGUAUUGGCACGUCGAAAUCAAUGAACCCUAAGCCAUUUUACUUCAUCAUUUCAGACUCUAAGAGUGAUGACUCUUCUGAUUCGUGUCCCCCAGUAGCAAAAUCACCAACACAAACUGAACCACAAAGAAACACGAUGCCUACAGUAUCAACACCUCCACCACAAAAUCCACCAACAACUACUAACCCUUCGAUACCCUCAAAGUCGACUUUCUCUUCUGAACCUUCACACGCAACUCCUCCUCAUCAAAAACGGAGAUCGUUAAAUGACAUUGUUUCCCCUUCCACAAACCAAAAAGAACCACUCUCUCAACCAAAACCACCAACUAAACCCAUGAGAACCAAAAACACAAUCACUAUUGCUCAAUUUCUUGCUCGAAAAAAUCUCCCAAAUCCUCAAAGAAAGAAAACGCUUGCUCCAAAACAAAACCUAAAAACCAGUCAGAAACCCACCUCUCCAAAACAUUCUCCCGAAUGUUCCCCACCACAAGAACGUUCUCCAACUGCUCCUCCACCAGAAUCUUCUCCACAUCAACAAUCUUCUUCACAAAAGCAUCCCAAACGAUCUUCCCCUAUAUCCACAUCCUCUGAUUCUGAACCAUCUCCCCCAACUAAGAAAUCAAAGCAGAAUGCUCCUCCUCUAAUCUCCCUUGCAAAAUCAAAACUCUUCAAUGAAAAAUGGGCUCAACGCCCAGUUGGGAUAGGAAGAGUCUUUGUUUUUGAUAAUCUCGUUGUGGAUGGCAAUGCUGUUCAGCACCAUACGGAUGUUCUUGGAUGGACUUCAUUCUUAAAAAUCUCCGAAUCCUUUUUCCCAGAAGUCGUUCGUGCUUUCUACUGUAAUGCCAAAACCUUUGCUGACAAAUCUCUUUUUAUCUCAAAAAUAAAGGGAGUGGAAAUCAGAUUGACUCCAGACAUUUUGGCCAACAUCCUUCAGCUUCCAACAGAAGGGCCAUCUGUCUUUGGUGACAACUUGUAUUCAGCUCUGGGUCUCAGAAAGACAGAUGUUUUGGCCGAGCUGUUUGAAGAAAACUCCACACGAAGACGACCUUCCAAAAAUUCUAUUUCGUUUUCCUCUCCUUCUACUGAUCCCAAGGAAAUCUCAGACAAAACUCCUACACCAGAACGUUCUCCACCUCCUCCAGAACGUUCUCCAGAACAUAUCCCAUCACAUCCCACUCUUUUUGCUCAAACAUCUGGCACUAUCCCUUCACAUAUUCCCUCUUAUUCUCAACCACUUCACUGCCCUACACAUGACUUUAGUACUCUCUUGUCUAAUCCUCUUCUGUCUACCAUGUAUCCACUAUUUGUUUCACCACAGAAAACCAGUUCAUCCAUUUUUGGCAUAAGUCAGUUUUUGAACUUCCCCUCUACUGCUGACCACUCUACCUCAUCUGUUGGCCCCCUACCAUCUAUUUCAUCUUCGUUUGCCUCUCUUCCAUCCUUAUCUGCCAUGCCUAUUCCCUCCAACACAGUUGUUGCUACCUCUUCUCAACCCUCCGCUAACCUUCCCUCCACUGACACCUUAGCUGCACCCUCAAACUCUGAUAUCAUGGCCGCUCUCCAGAUCAUCAUGGCAAGACAAAUUCAGCACUUGGAUGGCUGA